CAGGAUCAGGGGCUGUGGCGAGCGCCAGGGCAGGCGGCAGCAGCAUGUGUGCGGUGUUUGGGGCUCAGGGUGCGAGAACCACGUAAGGUGCCCACCGGAGCCUCCCUCCUCACCCGCCUCCGCAGCCCUCGGCAGAAACUUCACGGCUCCCCCACGCACGGUCCGGGCUUCUCCGGAGGGGCUUGGCACCGACAGCCGCAUGCAUGACACUCCGAAAAGGAGAGAAAAUGACCAUAAGUAUCCAGGAGCACAUGGCUAUUGACGUCUGCCCCGGCCCCAUCAAACCCAUCAAGCAGAUCUCCGACUACUUCCCCCGCUUCCCCCGCGGGCUCCCCGCCGCCGUCGGCCGCAGCAGUGCCCUGCGCCCCGCGGUCAGCCAGCCCUCCGUGAGCCCCGCCGAGGGACCCCGCGAAGAUGACGAGGACGUGGACCAGCUUUUUGGAGCGUAUGGCACGACGCCCGCCGAGCAGCCGGCCAAGAGCCAAGCGCCCGAGGAGGUGGUGGACCCCGAGGGCUACGAGUCCGACGACUGCACCACGCUGGGGACGCUGGAUUUCAGCUUGCUCUACGAUCAAGAGAACAACGCUCUCCACUGCACCAUCAAUAAAGCCAAGGGCCUGAAGCCGAUGGACCAUAAUGGGUUGGCUGAUCCAUACGUCAAGUUGCACUUGCUUCCCGGAGCCAGUAAGGCGAAUAAGCUGAGAACCAAAACGCUGCGCAACACUUUGAACCCCACCUGGAACGAGACACUCACCUACUACGGCAUCACCGACGAGGACAUGAUCCGCAAGACCCUGCGGAUCUCGGUCUGUGACGAGGACAAGUUCCGCCACAACGAGUUCAUUGGGGAGACGCGGAUCCCGCUGAAGAAACUGAAGCCCAACCAGACCAAAAACUUCAACAUCUGCCUGGAGAAGCAGCUGCCGAUAGAUAAAACAGAGGACAAGUCGCUGGAGGAGCGUGGCCGGAUCCUCAUCUCCCUCAAGUACAGCUCUCAGAAGCAGGCGCUCCUGGUGGGCAUCAUCCGCUGUGCCCACCUGGCUGCCAUGGACGCCAACGGCUACUCCGACCCCUACGUCAAAACAUACUUGAAACCAGAUGAGGACAAGAAAUCAAAGCACAAGACGGCGGUGAAGAAGAAAACACUGAACCCUGAGUUCAAUGAGGAGUUUUGCUAUGAGAUAAAGCACGGCGACCUGGCAAAAAAGACCUUGGAAGUCACCGUGUGGGACUAUGAUAUCGGCAAGUCAAACGAUUUCAUAGGUGGAGUGGUGUUAGGAAUUAAUGCCAAAGGCGAGCGGCUGAAGCACUGGUUCGACUGCCUGAAGAACAAGGACAAGAAGAUCGAGCGCUGGCACACGCUAACGAACGAGCUGCCGGGCGCCGUCCUCAGCGACUGAGCUCCACGGGGCCGCUCCCGGGCGGCCACAGCUCCGCCACAGCCUUUGGACUUCUCUCCUUUACGGCUUCGGAUGCGGGGGAUCACGGCACCGGGGCAGCCGGGAGAGCGGGACACCCCCCGGCACGGCCUGGCUGCGGGGAAACCCCUGCCAAGGGGAGAAGGCGGCGGCGCUUUGCUCCGCCCAGCCCGUCCCAAAACUGCCUCCCUGCACCCUGACA